GGCGAGGACAGAGAGUGAAAUCGUAGCUUUCGCUGUAACGUAAUAAGCCUAUGCAUAAUUGAGUUAAGGUAUGAAGAUCCAAGGAAGUGUAGCCAUUGUUACAGGAGGAGCACAAGGAAUCGGGAAGCAUAUUUGCAGAGCGCUCUUGUCAAGAGGUGGUAAAGUAAGCGUCACAGUACAGUACUGCAGGGUCUUGUUGUUUAGAAUUGUUUACAUUGUGAAACAACUGAUAGCAGCGCAGAUAUGUGCUUGGAUUGUAAGUCAUGCAAGCGCAAGGAGGCUAAGAAAGUAUUUCGACAUUGCGUGUAAGCUUAAGUUUUCAAUAGACGCUAACCGCCUUGUAUAUUUCUCGGGAUUUUUGUCUCCGCUGAAGUUUGCGACGGGCAGGUUCCUUCCCGGAGGGGGGGGGGGGCUCCCGUAUAAACGUCCAUGGCGGAUCCAGGGGAGGGGCCCGGGGGGGCUCGCCUCCCAUUAUUUUCAUACCAGACUGAGGCCCGAAGGACUGAAAAAACAUUUUUUUGAGACUAGGACCCCCCCUUAUCUCAUGGUCUGGAUGAACGGGCUCCCCCCUGAUCUGAAGGCCUGGAUCCAUGACUGAAAGUGACAGGGAUGCUCGUCGGAAAAUUAAAAUUAAAUCCCUAAGGGAGACCAAUGUAGGUCUGGCUUUUGAGACUAAAGGAGACAAAGCUAAAACAGAUGUAACAAUAUUUUUUUGAAACUUUCCUUAUGCGUAGUCCUAAAAGAUACCUGAAUGGGCAAAUAUAUUGACUUUCCCUCCCAACAACCAUAUGUGAGACCAAAAUCUGCAAUUUACACCCCUAAAAGAGAUGAUGAGCAUCACUUUUAUAUGGGAGUCUCCCCUCCUGGGGGCUCCCUCCUCUACAAUUAAAAAACACUGGGACAAGUCUAUUCGAAAGGAACUACUGGUCUUGAACUGUAAGCUUAGAACAAAAAUAAUAAUAAUACAAAACAACAACGACAACAACAACAACAACCAAAAAAACUAAGACAUGUAACUAAGAUAUUCUCCCUUCUUUGUGCUUACUCCUUCCUUUUGGCAAAACAAGGAGGUAAAUGACCACCACCCACCUGGUGGUGGUCUCCCUCACAGCCAUUUUUUGGGUGUCACGCAACGUUAAUGUUGCAUGACAUCCAAAAAAUGGCUGCGAAGGGAGACUAACCUGAUGGUGACCUAAUGACCUAUUUUAUAGGCAGAUGAUAUUGCUGUCUUGAGUUGAAGUAGAUUUUGUCACAGAUUUAAAAUCACACAAACUGAGUGUUCUUCAAAAAACAUGUGACUGGUCGCCCUUUGCAUCCUAUAGAAAGUAAGAGGUAACAGCAUCACUGUAAUAUCUUCAAAUCUUUAACAUUAUUUGAGGUGUGUACAUGUGCGCUGGGACAGAUCACUUUGCCUGUACCUAAACAAGAUGUUGAACAUCCUACCCAUGUGGAACUGGAGUUCUUUCCCCCAAUCUUGUACCCAGAUCUCAUGCUGAGAGAAUUUGAUUGAAGUGUGUGCUCUUACAUCACUUGUCACAUUCCUUAUAGUUGAUCUGCAUGUGCACAAAUAUGUGCACAAAUUUAUCUGAUUUGACCAGAUCUCACUUUUGGCUUUAAUUUGUUGACAAGAGGACUGGGUAUGAAAUUAACGGUAAUAAAUCUGUUUUCUCCUACGUGAAUACAAAAAAUCCAACCCACCCACAAAGUGAUUAAUGUAGUACAAUGAACUAAUAAACCGUGGAAACAAAUUAUGAGAUUUGUGACUCUUUUUGGAAUAAUCAAAUGUUUAGGUUGCAAUAUUUGAUGUAGACCAAGAGAAAGGAACACAACUACAAGAAAGACUGCAAAAGCAAUAUGGAACAGGAGAAGUAAAGUUUAUCACCUGUGAUGUUACAUCAGAAUCGCAGAUGACAGGUGAAUAGCAUUUCAGAUUUAAAUUCUGAGAAAUAAGUUAGUCAAGAUCUUUUUGCUAUAAAAAGACAUGAUUUAAAAUUGAUUUUGCAGGAGAUUAUUAAAACUUCUUUAAUCUUAUAUUAAGAAUAGGUGAGUUGGAGCUGAAGGGUUCUUGUUCAGAUGAUGAAACCACAAAUUAUUACAACUUUCAGUCAAAGUGUAGCCCUUAAUUAUUGCCAUAGCUUAAUUAUUAAGCUAUGGCAAAUGUGAAAGUCUGAUGAAGUACAUUACAAUAGAACUGAGGCUGCAGGCUUGCUCAUUCAGUUGACAAAAGCUUUGGAUUGCAGAGUGGGGGGUUAAGGGUUCAGUCCCUUGAGGGACUAGUUGUCCAUUGUCCAGGGAAAACAAAGGAGGGUCAUCACAAGAGACUAUACCUUCAUGUACGUGGCUCAAUAAAAUCUUGGCCACAUUCUUGGCUCAUUCAGUUGACGAAAGCUUUGGAUUGCAGAGUGGGAGGUUAAGGGUUCAAUCCUUUGAGGGACUAGUUUUCCAUUGUCCAGGGAAAACAAAGGAGGGUCGUCAUUUGCUCUGGAAGAGGCUAUACCUUCAUGCGUGUGGCUCAAUAAAAUCUUGGCCACAUUAAACUGGUGGUAGUCCUUUCUCCAGUAGUGAAGAGGUCAUCACAUUAAGUGCUUUCAUGGUUAUUUACAUCGUACUUGACUAUUAAAGUAGAGUGUCUUCUAUGCAGUCAAUGAUGUAAAUGUCACAUCUUUUUUCAGAAAUUUCCAGAAAUAGAAUUAAGCCUUAGUAUACAUAAUCCUGCCACAAGUUUACUCUAAAAUCAGAUAUUUUGAUAUUGAUCAAUGUUUUUUUCUUUCUUCUUGCUUCAUGGAAAGAUUCAUUCAAGAAGACAAAGGAAGCAUUUGGACAGAUAAACAUUGUUUGCAAUAAUGCUGGCGUAGGUGCUUCAAAUGAAGGGGCAUAUUGGGAAAGAGUAGUGGAUAUCAAUCUGGUAAUAAUAUAAACCCUUUGUCUGUACCUCAGUUAUUGCUGGCGAAUGUUAGCAAGACAGCAUAAUGCUCUUUAUUUAGGAUAAAAGUUAAACCAAAAUUUUUGUUGAAAGCAGUGCAGGAAUUUUAGAACAAAGGAAAAUUUACUAAGCAGGCUACAAAUUCAUUUAAGCUCUUACACCAUUUACAUCUUCUAGAUACCAGUACACACACUUUCAUGUUGAUUUUAAUCUCCUAAAUUAAACUGAUAACUGAAGAUGACUUUAAAAGAAUUUUUCAGGGAAUUUCUGAAUUUCUAAAUUUUAUUCUUCAGAAAGGUGUGAUUCGUGGCCAGUUUCUGGGAAUUCAACAUAUGGGAUGGUCACAUGGUGGAACAGGAGGAGCUAUAGUCAAUGUAGCAUCAUUAGCAGGUGCGCGCUGCUGUAUAUUUAAAUAAUAAAUCAUAAUAGACCCAUAAGUACAUAGUAUCCUAAUUUUCAGCCACAGGUAGCCCAAGCUCAAACUCAAACUAAUGAGUGAUAAGAUAUAAUAUUGCAAAAUAGCAUUCAUGACAAAUGAAAUGAAAUGAAACCAGGAUACAUCAAUUGGCUUGGUGUCAGCAUUGAAUUUGUGGCAGCUGGAACAUUUUAAGCCAAGGAUCUUUCGCCUCUCACAUCAGCAUUCCAAACUGGAAUGUGCAGCCAUGUCCUUUUUCUUGGAGAGAGAAACUGACGGAGCUUAAACUUGUCAAAGUCACCUUCAAUCAGGAAAGAAAGGGCAAAGACGGCAAGUAACCAUGGUAUUUUUAUUGUAUGAGGUAUUUUUCUUGAGAAUUCUAUUGUAUUUAUGUUUUCUAAAGUAUAUUGUAAAUAUUCCCAUACAAACCCUUAUAUUUUUGCCAUGAAUGCUAUUUGGUAAUAAUUAUUAUCUCCAAUGACUCACAUCUUGAGCUUAGGCUAGGGCUGCAGUUUUAGCUUCAUUUCAAAUGAAAUUUGGAUCUGCGCUCGAUAACGUUUGCGGAUUUGUGAGUCACAAUCAUUUUACAUAUUUAUGUACCUAUACUUUUGUUCCUACCGGUGAUUUAUUUAUAUGAUUUAUUACCUUUUGUCUGUUACCCCAACACAGCUAUUCUUCCAAUGGGAAGUUGGCAAGCGGUGUACACUGCCACAAAAUCUGGCGUAAUGGCACUUUCAAAGAGCUGUAAGGUCAGUAAACUAUGGAUGAUAGUAUUAUUUUUAGACCAGGCAACAUCUUGUUAGGCAACAUUUAUGUUAACUGUCUUACAGCAAAUUUGCAGUGUUUGCAUACUUUUGGUGGUUAGCUUGAAAGCAAUUUUCCAUUGUACACUUUUCCCAAAAAUGUGUUGUCCAUUCUUCUCUACAAAAAUACAUAAAAGUAAUGGACACAGACAAAAUGGAACGACAUUUGUCAUUGAUUUCUGAGUGACACCAUUUUAUCAAGCAGGGGCCUUUUUCUUGCAAAUCCCCAUAAAAAAGGAUAUGUCAUGUUUGCAUGUCAUCUAAUCCACUUUUGUGUUACCCAACUUGUAAUUUCCGAUGUGGCUUAGCUUUUAAAGUCACAUAAUCUAUAUACAGUUUGGUGGUACGCUGCUUUACAACCAAAACUGUCCAAAACUCCAGAUAAGUUUGAAAAGCAACUUUAUGUCCAUGCUUAGGAACACCAUCCAGCUAAUCCGGAUUAAACUCGAAAAACAGGAGUUGCAAGUCAUUUUGGAGCCUUUUAUUUCUUGAGUGUUUUACGGAAAUUUCAACCAUUGUUUCGUUUUCUAUAAAAGAAACUGCUCAUUGGUGGAACGACUUUUUAAAGUCAUUCCACAAUGGGCCCUUAGUAUCCCAACUCAUACCUCCACCACCACCGGACAACAGCAUGGGAUGUCUAAAAAACGUACCCUUUGAAACAGCUGCUGCUAUCCUGUAAGGCUUUUAAAUCACCUAAAAUUAGUCUCCCCACCUUAUAUAGGGUAAUUGUAAUUAUUAUUAAACACCAAUGAAAUACCAAGUGAGCUUUCGUGCAAAAACUUGAUAUCCUCUAGCCUGCAAAAACAUCCGUUUCUCCUCGCUCUUCGCCGCUGGGGAUGUUUCGCGCAGAGGAACGUCUGUGACUCAGCGACAGAAAUUCCAUACUGAUGACCCAAAUCAAUGUUUACUUAAUAAAUCCGGUAUUCAUGGGUAGGCUUUUGUACAUUAUGCUUUUGCUUCCCUACUAAAAUGCUCCACCUUAAUGCUCCAUUUUUCGUACUAAAAUGCUCGGUCUCCCCCAAAAAGUCACUAAAAUGCUCGGUUAAUGCUCAUUAUACAAACGGUUUUUUAAAUUAAUUACAUACAUACAUACAUACACUUUAUUGAUGCUCCCUAAGUGGGCUUUUCAGCUCAAUAGAAUAAAAAAAUACAAAUAUAUAAAUUAAUUGAGAAUGUAAAUACAAUAAUAUUAUAAUUACAAAAUAUAUAUCAAUAAUAUAAUAUAUCAACUUAAUAAAACAUUUGCAAGAUGACGUCUAAAAUUCCUGGGGCAUUUUAAGGACUUAAUGUUAUCAUUCAAGGAGUUCCAGAGUUUGGCUCCUCUGAAAGCAAAGGAGCGCUGCCCUGUUGACAGGCGACAUAAAGGUAUAUCCAAAGCACCAGAUGAUCGAGUUUGUCUAUUAUGGACUUGAGAACGUGAUUUAAACAUAUCAGCAAGAUAGUCUGGAACAAGCUUGUUAAUACAUUUGUGCAUCAUAGUAGCGUCAUUUAGAAUGAGUUUCUCUCUAAUAGGAAGCCAUUUCAACGAUCGCAACCCAUCCGAAAUAUGGUCAUACUUUCUUAGUCCCAGAAUAAUUCGCCCAGCAAAGUUUUGGACUUUUUGUAACUUGUCAAUAUUGCUGCUGCUGGUAUUACUCCAGACAGUUGAACAAUAUUGGAGUUUACUAAAGACAAAUGAAUUUAUUACUAACAGAAGUGUUUUCCUAUCCAGGAGGUGCUUGAUUCUGUUAAUUUGGUACAAUUUAAAAAGACAUUUAGAGGCAAUCUCAGUGAUAUGUUGGUUAUAACUGAGGCGUGUGUCGAGAAGAACACCCAAGUCCUUAACGACAGGCACAGGUGUUAUUUCCUUGUCAAAAAGUGUUAUACUGAAUGAUGACAGUUUCUUUAAAAGUUGUGGUAAUCCAACAGCUAGAACCUUAGUUUUGUCCGGAUUAAUCAAAAGAGAGUUUUUUUCAAAGUUUACACUUACAAAAACGUGCAAGUGUUGCAAGUAACAACGACAAUGUGUACAAUUAAUGCAAGUUCAUAAAUACAGCCAAAAAAACAGCUGUAUUAGGUUUUUUGUGAAUUUUGAGUUUUAAUCUUCAUUUUGUUUAACAAAGCCGGAGCUCAUGGGGCAUUAAAGGCUUGUUUAUAGUGGAAAUUGCACUUAGCUUGUCCAGCUAAUUUACAGGCACUCCACUCAAAUAUUUAGAAACAAAUAAUUCAAAAACAACAUAACAGGAUUAAAAACCCAACUGGCGGGAGGCAACCAGUUGGCUAUUUACAAGCGUGGCCGAGAAUUUGAACUCGGGAUGACCGAGCACAAAUCCAGCGAGUGGUCAGAACGGGACUCGAACGCGGGACCGCCGGAUUGCGACUCUGACGCGCUGACCACUCGGCCACGCUGCCUCCAUGGGCUCCUGAAAAAAGUUAAUUUCUUUUUUGUUUUCGCGGAAAAAUUAAUUUUCCGGGGAAAAUGCCACUAAAAUGCUCGAAUAAUGCUCAAUGCUUUUGCCUCACUAAAACGCUCGAAAAAAUGCGAGCAUAAUGUACAAAAGCCUAGUCAUGGGGUUCCAAAUAAAAAUUUAUUCAAUUUUAGGUUUCUUCUGAUCGAUUUUGGUAAAUUGUUGUGUUCAUCUGUGAACGAGCUCCAGCAAAACUCAAAUGCUUGUUCUAGAGAAGACUAUAUUCCACAAAUAUUGACUGUUUUGUCAGAGAUUCAUCCCGUUUACAUUUGACCUUUGUGGCCUUUUGUCUUUUGUCUGUCAUUCGUAAACAAUGGCAAAAACAAUGUAACUGCUCCGUCGACCAAUCAGGGAUUCUGACCGGAUGCUGGACAUAUUUUACGUCAUCAGUAUGGAAUUUCUGUCGCUGAGUCGCAGACGUUCCUAUGCGCGAAACGUCCCCAGCGGCGGAGAGCGAGGAGAAACGGAUGUUUUCGAAGGCUAGAUAUCCUCACAUGUGAAAAUAUCACUAUUGCUAUGGCUUCAUAAUAAACCGCACCUUUCACACCAAAAAAGCUAUUUAAGUAAAAUGGUUUGGCAUUUCAUUGGUGUUUAUAUAAUAAAUAGAACAUAACAUGGUUGCUUGGAGAAUAUUUUUCAACACUCGAAGAGAAAUUUCGUAUCUCCGCACGGCCAUGUUAUAUCCUCUAUUUAUUGUUAUUAUUAGUAGUAUUAAAUAUUAUAAUUUAUUAAAUUUGGGUAAUAAUUUGUCUUUGAUAGGAUCUCAAAGAAACAGAAGGAAUAAGAGUAAACUGUAUCUGCCCUGGCUUCACAAAUACAAAGAUGGUAAAUAAUCCACAAUUUUUGGCUAGUGAAUCUUCAUACAGAGAAAAAGACAUCAUUUCCAAGCUUGGUUUGAUCAGGUGAGGUCACAGGCAACCACAGAAACUUUGAAGUGAGAGCCAGCCCUAAUAAAUGUGGCAGGGCAGUGCACUGGUACACCUCCACUCAGAUUCAUAUAGCCUAUGAGCUCACAGGUUGCUUAAACAGAUUAUUAUUCAUUCAAAAUAUUUCCCCAAUUCUGAUUGGCUAAAAGCACACGCAUAGUUCACUAUAAAAAGUUUCUCAUGACCACAUUUGGAAGAAUUUUUUGUUUAACGAGGAAAGGAUGUCAAAAAUGCAGCGUUCGUGCAGGUUAAGGCACCAGUAACUGAGAAGACCUGGGGACGAGGUUGAGUUGUUUUGAUUGUGAAAACGAAAAAUGGCGGACAUUUCACUCGUUUCAAGAGUAAGAACUAGGCAAAAAAAUAGCUAAAAACAUGGCCAUAACAGCAAGAAGACAACUCGAAGGGCGACAUCUGCGAUUUGAAGAAUAUUUGCGGAGCUGGACAAACUUAAACGUGCACUAUCGAAGAUGAACUUAACAUCGAUGGAUCGAUGAAGGUAAGCAUGUUUUAGCCAUGUUUUUAAACUAGGAAUUAUUUUGAAUGAAUAAUAAAACAAUUAUUGAAUUCAGCUUUCGUAUCAUAUGAAGAAUUAUGGAGAUCGAGGAAUAACACCCUCCUCGAUCUCCAUAAUUCUUCAUAAGAUACUCAGCCUCACUCAUUAAUUGUUAAAUGUAGCAUUGAUAGGCCAUUUGCACUAAGAGGUCAUGUGACAUCGUUCUUAUGAAAAUGAAAGUUAUAAGAUUUUGCCUUUGAAAAACGAUUAGUGGGUCAUAUCUUAAACAAAAUGAACGUGAUUUGGUUUUCAAACCCGUACCAUUUUCUUAAAAUGAGUAAUUUCGUAGCUGGUCACGUCACCAAAAUGUGAUUUUUAAAAUUAUGAAUUACCCCUUUCUGAACACAAAUGAAAAAGGAAAAUGUUGAAAAUAUGAUUCCAGCGCGUUGUUUGAAGGAAGCAUUGGUCACGUGACCUCUUAGUGCAAGUGGCCUAUUGAAGAAAGGUAUCAACCUCGUUCCCAGGGUUCUCUCCUACCCGCCCUACGUAGGGCGGGUAGGAGAGAACCCUGGGAACGAGGUUGACAAGGUAUAGUCUUACCUUCUAACAGUCUACGAAUACAGCUGCCUCAUAUCUUGGCCUCUCUCAAGACACAUUUGCCGAGAGAGACCAAAUUGCAGACCUCUCUCUUGAGUAAUGUCACAGCAACAUGAGACGACAGACAGACAAACAGAAAUGAAGUCAAACAGACAGCUGAGCAGGGAAGCAAACAGGCAGAUUGCAUAGAAGCAGAUGUGCAGACAGCAGAGAAGCAGACAACAGUUCCGGGGGGGACUUCUGUAUAAAAGUGAUAGGGAUGCUUGUUGUCUCGCUUAGAGGUGUAACUUUCCGAAUUUGGUCUAACUUAGAGUAUUUGGGAUGGAAAGGCAUUGUAUUGGCCCAUUCAUGUCAGUUAUCGCUUAGGGCUGUGCAUAAAGAAAUUUACAAAGAAAUACCGUGACCUUUAGGGGUCAGUUAAAGCUUCAGUCACACCCACCUUGGUUUCCCUUAGGGAUUAAUUUUAAUUUUCCGACGAGCAUCCCUUUAAAUGGGCGUUUUCCCCCGGGCAGCAGACAUACAGACAGUGAACAUACAGAGAUGCAUACAGCUGACAGACAGACAAACAAGCAGAGAAAAAGACCUGCAGAUAUGCAGACAACUUGAAGUAGAGAAACAGAUAAUCAGACAGCAAAAAAGCAGAGAUACAGGCAGCAGAGAAGCCGACAAGCGCACAGCAGAACGUGGACAAGCAGACAAAGAGAAGCAGAUCUGCUUCCCUCCUGUCUGCCGUCUGCACGUCUACAGCAGCAGGGAAUCAGCCGUGAAGACCUCACACAGCAGCGAACCAGACAUGCAGACAAUUGCAUACCGCAGAAAGCAAACAAGCAAACGCACAAUCAUGGACGUCGCCACAGACCGCAGUUUAUAGCAGAAAAACAAGCAUUUGCAUGUAGACACGCAGACUUGCAGGCAAGCAAACAGCCAACACGCAGGCAGGCAGACCGACGUCACGGGUUUGAAUCCUGUUAAAAUCUUAAUUUUUUCCAGGCUUUUUUUCACAACUUCUCGAGUUACUAAUGAUCUUUCAGAAUAAUGGUAUUUAGAAACGAAAACUCCAUGUUGGCGAUGAGAUUAAAGCCCAUCACCUCCCAUGACACUGGCCUGGUGCUGGUGUACGGCGAAACCCACAAAAUUUCAUAAAUUUCCAGUUUACUGAUAAUUUUUUUCUUUUUUGACAGCCCAGAAGAAGUUGCCAGUGGGGUUUUGCAGUUGAUUGAGGAUGAAAAUUACAAUGCAGCGGUCAUGACGGUGACAAAAACGAAAGGAAUUGAAAUAUUGGAAAAAUGGACACCAAGACUGAGAAAGUCUAAUCUCUAGGGAAGAAAUUUUUAUUAUGAAUAAUUCAUGUCCGAGUUCCAAAAGCCAUCACUUUCAAACCGAGGCCACGUCCAAAACCUUUCUUGUGAAAAUGAGUUUUAUUUUCAUCAGCCACCUUCUUCAAAAUUCGUUAAAUCGUACUUGAGUAGUUAAGACUAAUACUUGCAUUUAAAUGACGUUUUGAAUAGUACUUGAAAUUUAAGAUGAUUCUUUCCUUUUUCUGGAAGAUGUCCUUUUAGAAGAGCAAUGUUCAAUACUCAACGUUCAUCUUUUGCGUGUUCUUCCAUGUGUCUCAGUUAUUCUAAGAAAGUUGUCAGGUAGUCAACCAUGUCCUUUGCUGUGAAGGGCAGUUUUGAUUGUUUUCUCUAGUUUUACAGUUUAAGCGACGAGAAAAGCGCUUAAAAAUUAGUCUAAUGGCCUUGAAAAGUCUUUGCAUUGUUAAUAAGAAAUACACAGCUUUCAAAAGAACGACUUGCCUAGUGUCACCGCUGAAGCUUCAAGAGACGUCGUGUCCGCAAGUCUAAGAAAAAUAGGUCCCCGGAUAGGAAACUGAAAAACGGCUAUUUUCUUUUCCUUCGAAACAAACACGACAACAGUUUUUUCAUUUUUCAAAAUUGAAAAAUUAUUGAUUACAACAAAAGACAGGAGCCCAUCAUCUGAUGGGCUCCUGCAAAAGAUUAUUCCAGCAAGGUUGUAGCUGGUUGUAUUGUGGGCUAAUUAACUCGCUUAUUACGGACAACGGACACUUUUCUGUGUACCGAGUCACAGUCUCUCAUGCCGGGAUCGUCAAGUCCGCUUUACGGACACUGCGUAUCUGCACACUGUCUAUUUUCAUUGUAAACAUUUUAUUUUAUUCCUCAGUCGGUCUGACCCUACUGUGGCCCUUUCAACGGCCCUUUCAUGAAUAGCCUGUUACAGGCUCCGAGAUGGUCCGCUGAAUUGAGCGAGCGCAAACACGAAACUAAAACGAAAAUAAACUGGGGAGAGCAGGGGCGAGAAGGCUCUCUGUCCCUUCCUUUUUCCUUUUUCACGCCCCAACAACUUUUCGCGGGCCUUUUACUUUCGCGUCUUCCCCAGUAUCUGAGAGCCUGGAACUAGCCUACGUGUAGCCGCACC